CCUUUAGCUCCCCUCCUUCCAUAUUUGCAUGCAUUCUCCUCCUCAUUCUCCCAACACUUUGCCUCUCGUUCGACCUGGCCAGCCUCUCCUGAAAUAAGAUCCCUCUAAGUUGCUCGUAUUAUGUAGAAAAAUUGCUGAUUUUUCUCAUAAUCAUCUACACUUUGGUCCAUUUUUGGGAUAUUCAAAUUUUCAGUGGAACAGUAAUUUUUCUACAGUUGUUUCUAUAGUUGAACACUCUCACUGCUUUAAGUAUGGCUGUCAUCUCUUCUUGCUGCUUCCACUUGCAUGCCCUGUUCUUGGGCCUCUCUCUUGUCUCCACUUUCAGAGGUGCAUCAAGUGCUACCUUCACUUUUGUGAACAAAUGCAACUUCCCGGUGUGGCCUGGGAUCCUAUCCGGUGCAGGCAGCCCCCCGCUGGAAACCACGGGCUUUGAGCUUGCUAAGGGCGAGUCCCACUCCCUACAAGUGCCAGCUGGAUGGUCCGGGCGGUUCUGGGGCCGGAGCGGGUGCUCCUUUGACAGCUCGGGCCGGGGAUCGUGCGCCACAGCCGACUGUGGCUCGGGCGAAGUCAAGUGCAAGGGAGGCAACGCAGCCCCUCCAGCCACCCUGGCGGAGUUCACUCUAGGAGGGUCAGGGUCUCAAGAUUUCUAUGAUGUUAGUCUUGUGGAUGGUUACAAUUUGCCCAUGGUCAUUGAUGGCAUUGGUGGUUCAGGUAAAUGCGUGUCCACGGGGUGCACGACGGACCUCAACCGCCAGUGCCCAGCGGAGCUGAGGGCCAGCGGCGGCAUGGCGUGCAAGAGCGCCUGUGAGGCCUUCGGGAGUCCCGAGUACUGUUGCAGUGGCGCGUAUAACUCGCCUUCCGCUUGCAAGCCAUCUCUGUACUCCCAAAUCUUCAAGAAUGCUUGUCCCAGAUCGUAUAGCUACGCCUUUGACGACGCCACCAGUACUUUCACCUGUACUGGUGCAGACUAUACCAUCACAUUUUGCCCUAAUUCACCAAGCAUCAAAUCUGCAACGGGCUCCUCUCCCAAAAGCACACAAGCGACAGAUAACUCAGCAACAGCCGGGUCCGGACCAGGGUCGGAUUCAAAUCCAACCCAAGACACAGCAUUUACUAAUUCAUGGCUAGCCAAUUUGGCCAUAGGCGAUUCACCGCGCUGUCUUCCUUCCUCAAUUAUUGGGAUCACACUCACCGUGGCCAUCUCUUUCUCCCUCUUGCAGUUUUUGUAGCCAGACAGGAGUCCAUAGAUAGAGACCAAAGUGAGCUGGCUAAUUGCCUUUUGACGAAGAGAAAAUAGCUGAAUCCAUAUUGUAAACUACCUACUUCCGAGUUAUGCACAACCAAUAAUUGUAGCUUUACAUUUCAUCAUGUCUUAAAAAUAUAUAAAGCAUUUUGUUUGGAUGUAAGAACGUAAAGGAGUACGCUCUUACAAGAAUUUCGUAUACACUUUGUUA